AUGAUUCGCAAUCAUAAAUCAUUAUCAGAAGAAGAAAUAUUGUUGCUUCUCAAAGGUGAUUUAUCUGAUUUGGACCUUGAUAUGUCUGAUGUGGAGGAAGAGAUUGAAAAAGCUCGGCAUCAGGACCCUACUACAGUGGAUAUACAGUUUCUUCAAGAAAUGGACCUUGAUAUGGUUGAAAUUCUGGACCCUCAAGACAAUGAUGAAGAUGAUGUUCCCUUAGCUUCAAGAUUACUUGCUGAGCCAAACCUUGCACUAAGUCAUUCAACUCAGAAAAUUCAGUGUGAUACACACCGGGAUCUUCGGUGGAGAAUGAAGGACAUUGAAGAAGUGGACACAUCAUGUAAUGCAGUUUUUUCUGACCCUCCAGGAGAUGAACUGACACCUUUGCAGUAUUUAAGAACAAUGUGUAGUGAUGACAUUAUCCAGAACCUAUUCGAGCAAUCUAUUCUAUACUGCACACAGAAAACAGCUGCAUCUUUAGAUACAAAUGUUCGUGAAAUAGAAAAGUAUAUAGGGAUAAACAACCUAGCAGGUGUUUUGAAAAUGCCUAGUUACAGAAUGUACUGGCCAGAGGCUACAAGAUUUUCUCCAAUAGCUGACUCAAUGCCUAGAAAUAGGUUUGAUAAGCUAAGAAAUUAUUUACAUGUGAAUGACAACACUAAAAUGAAACAAAGAGAGGACCCUGAUUAUAACAGGCUGUUCAAGGUGAGACGAUUUGUUGACAAAAUCAAACAAGGUCAUUCAUCCCUGAAACAUUCAUCCCCACACAAGUGGGGUAUAAAAGUUUUUGCCCGUGCUGGUUCUAAUGGAAUUGUGUACGAUUUUGAAAUGUACCGAGGGAAAGGAACUGUACAUAAUGACACUGGUCUUGGUAUAAGUGGUGAUAUUGUGACAAGGCUUCUGGAAGGACUGCCAAAAUAUAAAAAUUUUAAAGUGUUUACAGACAAUUGGUUCACCUCUUACAAUAUUAUUUCUGCCCUGAAAAACUAUGGGAUUUUGGCUGUUGGAACUGUUAGACCCACAAGACUUCAAGGCUGCAAUCUAAAAGCAGACAGUGAGCUGAAAAAGCAGGGACAAGGCUCAUACGAUUAUUGA